UCGUCGUUACUAAGCUAGGUCAAUUGAUUCUUUUUCAUUUAAUUUCCCAGAUUUGGGUAUUUAACUGCAAAAUUCAAUUUCUCAAGCAUUAGUUAAGGAAAAAAAAAAGAAAGAAAAAAGGAAAACUUUGGAGCUCUUUCUCUCGUUUGCAAGAUAUAUAGUUUCGUUGGCUCUCUCUCUCUCAGUCCCAGAAACUUAGCUUCUCUUAUGGAACAUCUCAGUGAAUCUCAGAUCAACGAGGAUAUGUCUUUAAAGAAUCAUCCUACAGACAAGGAUACGGACAAAGACACUAACAUGGAACAACCACCUACUAGUCCACGUCAUCGAAAGGUUCUUGCUAGAUGGUUACCUGAUGAAGCGCAAAGACCAAUCGUAGACGAAGCUCCUGUUUUCUCACCAUCAUUAGAGGAGUUUGAAGAUACACUUGCUUACAUAGAAAAGAUACGUCCACUAGCCGAGCCGUAUGGUAUCUGUCGAAUCAUCCCACCAUCCACAUGGAAACCUCCUUGCCGGCUUAAGGAAAAGAGCGUAUGGGAGCAUACAAAGUUUCCCACACGGAUUCAGACCGUGGACCUGCUUCAGAACCGGGAGCCUAUGAAGAAGAAGAAACCCAAGACCAGGAAACGUAAACGGAGAAGAAACUCUAGGAGACGAUCUGGUUCUGGGUCUGCCUCUUCUCCCUCAGAACCUGCUUCCUCUCCUGAGGCAGAGGAGAAGUUUGGCUUUAACUCUGGUUCAGACUUCACUCUGGAAGAGUUUGAGAGAUACGCUCUGUAUUUUAAAAACACAUACUUCGAGAAGAAAGACUUUGUUGGUGAAACCAAAUGGACACCCUCUGUGGAGGAGGUAGAAGGAGAAUACUGGAGAAUAGUGGAGCAGCCAACAGAUGAAGUGGAGGUAUACUAUGGAGCUGACUUGGAGAACAGGGUACUUGGAAGCGGAUUUUACAAGAUAGGGGAUAGAGAUAUAGAUCAGUACGUAGUAUCUGGCUGGAACUUGAAUAACUUACCGCGUCUCCCUGGCUCAGUACUCUCUUUUGAGGGCUGUGAUAUCUCUGGAGUUCUAGUCCCAUGGCUCUACGUUGGAAUGUGUUUUUCUUCAUUUUGUUGGCAUGUGGAGGACCAUCAUCUAUACUCACUGAACUAUCAUCACUUUGGGGAGCCAAAAGUAUGGUACGGUGUUCCAGGAAACAAUGCAACGUCACUCGAGAAGGCGAUGAGGAAACAUCUACCUGAUUUGUUUGAAGAACAGCCUGAUCUACUUCAUGGUCUGGUUACUCAAUUCUCUCCUUCGAUCCUGAAAGACGAAGGAGUCAAAGUUUACCGUGUGGUUCAGAACGCAGGGGAGUAUGUGCUGACGUUCCCUAGGGCUUACCAUGCUGGAUUCAACUGCGGUUUCAACUGUGCGGAAGCGGUUAAUGUUGCUCCGGUUGAUUGGUUGGCUCAUGGACAGAACGCUGUGGAACUUUACAGUAAAGAGACGAGGAAGACUUCUCUGUCUCAUGACAAGCUUCUCCUCGGAGCGGCUUAUGAAGCUGUAAAGGCUCUUUGGGAACUCUCAGAUUCUUCUGUGGUAAUAAAGGAAAAUACAACAAACUUGAGAUGGAAGAGUUUCUGUGGGAAGAAUGGUACACUUACCAACGCGAUUCAGGCUCGGUUACGUAUGGAAGAGGAAAGACUUGGAGAUCUUGGUUCGUCGAGCUUGGUGAAGAUGGAGAAGGAUUUUGAUUCAAACAGUGAAAGGGAAUGCUUCUCGUGUUUUUAUGAUUUGCAUCUCUCUGCUUUUGGCUGCAAGUGCUCUCCCGAAGAAUACGCCUGCCUUAAACACUCGGACGAUCUAUGUUCAUGUGGAGAGAAGGAUAGGUUCGUCCUUGUCCGUUACACCAUGGAUGAGUUAAGGUCUUUGGUCAGAGCAUUGGAAGGAGAAAUGGACGAUUUAAAGAUAUGGGUUUCCAAGGUGUUGUUAGGUAUUGAACACAGUGAUGAAGAUCAGAAUAAGACUGGUUCAGUUAUCAGCGAGGAGAAGAAGGGUUCGUUUGAUUUAAAUAUUGACCUAGACCUGAAAGAAGAGGUCAGCACCAGUGGCGAGUUAAACGCUUCGGAGAACUUUGAUGUAUCGGUCGAGCCUAUAAACCUCGGUUUCUUGAGUUUUGGAAAGCUUUGGUGCAACAAGCAUUCUAUAUUCCCAAAAGGAUUCACGAGUCGUGUCAAGUUCUACAACGUGCUUGAUCCGACAAGAAUAAGCAGUUACAUCUCCGAGGUUUUGGAUGCAGGACUCAUGGGUCCAUUGUUCAGGGUUACUCUAGAAGAAUCUCCAGACGAGUGCUUCUUCAAUGUCUCUGCUCAACAAUGCUGGGAAAUGGUGUUGCAGAGAGUGAAAGAUACAUCCACAAAUCUUGGUCUUCCUAUUUUACCGCGGUUUAAAAGUAUUAACGGGCUUCAAAUGUUUGGUUUCCUCUCACCGUCUAUAGUUCAGGCCAUUGAAGCUCUUGACCCAAACCAUAAGCUCGUAGAGUACUGGAACAACAAGAACCAAACUCAUUUCGAGUCAAAAGAUCAGUUCAUAUCAUCAAACUGUACCAAAGGAAAGCUUUUCGGAGUAGAUUUGAUGUAGAAGAGAAGCUCAAAUAGCGACAAGACUGUUCCAACCUUUUAGAUAGAAGAAGUUAAUUUCUCUGUGAUUCUUUGGGAGCAUUUAUUCAGAAUCUUUUGUUCAUUUUUGCUUAACUGAACAAAUAACCUAACCUUAGUGGAUUUAUUCAAAAAAAAAAAACCUAACCUUAGUGUUAGAAGUGUAAACUAGGAACAAUAAAGUUCGAUUCUUUCGCUUAGGCGAUA